AUUAGAAUUAGUGAAUUGCAUUGUUUAAUUCAAUAGUUAAGAAAAUAGUAGUAGUAGUAUCAAGAUGAAGAUGCUUACUAAGUUUGAAUCUAAAUCCUCGAGGGCCAAAGGAGUAGCCUUUCAUCCUAAGAGGCCCUGGGUUUUAGUAUCAUUACAUUCAUCAACUAUUCAAUUAUGGGAUUAUCGUAUGGGUACAUUAAUUGAUAGAUUUGAAGAUCAUGUUGGACCCGUAAGAUGUGUUGAUUUUCAUCCAACUCAACCAUUAUUUGUUUCUGGUGGUGAUGAUUAUUCAAUUAAAGUUUGGUCAUUAAAUACAAGAAAAUGUAUUUUUACAUUAAAUGGUCAUUUAGAUUAUAUUAGAGCCGUAUCAUUUCAUCGUGAUUUACCUUGGAUUAUAUCAUGUUCUGAUGAUCAAACCAUUAGAAUUUGGAAUUGGCAAAAUAGACAAGAAAUUGCUUGUUUAACUGGUCAUAAUCAUUAUGUUAUGUCUGCAUCAUUUCAUCCAACUGAAGAUUUAAUUGUAUCAGCUUCAUUAGAUCAAACUGUUAGAGUUUGGGAUAUUUCUGGUUUAAGAAAGAAACAUUCAGCUCCAACAUCUUCAAUUAGAUCAUUUGAAGAUCAAUUACAAAGACAACAAUUACCUCAACAAGAUAUUUUUGGAAAUGUUAAUGCUAUUGUUAAAUAUGUAUUAGAAGGUCAUGAUAAAGGAGUUAAUUUUGCUUCAUUUCAUCCAACUUUACCAUUAAUUGUUAGUGCUGGUGAAGAUAGAGUUGUUAAAUUAUGGAGAAUGAGUGAUACAAAAGCUUGGGAAGUUGAUACUUGUAGAGGUCAUACUUCAAAUGUUUUAUGUGCUAUAUUUCAUCCUCAUCAAGAUUUAAUUCUUUCAGUUGGUGAUGAUAAAACUAUAAGAGUUUGGGAUUUAAAUAAAAGAGUUCCAAUUAAACAAUUUAGGAGAGAACAUGAUAGAUUCUGGUUAAUUGCUUCUCAUCCAUCAAUUAAUUUAUUUGCUGCUUGUCAUGAUACUGGUGUCAUGGUCUUUAAAUUAGAAAGAGAAAGACCAGCUCAUACAAUAUUUGCUAAUAAAUUAUUUUAUGUUAAUUCUGAAAAGCAAGUUCAAUCUUAUGAUUUUCAAACUAAUCAAGCAUCAUUACCAAUGUUAUCUUUAAAAAAAAUUGGUAAAACUUGGUCAUUUAUGAGAACUUUAUCUUAUAAUCAAAGUGAUAAUUCUAUUUUAGUAACUUAUGGUGAAGGUGAUAGUUCUAAUUAUGCUUUAAUUUCUUUACCAAAGCAUGUUACUGGAGCAAUUGAACCAACUGACGUUAGACAAGGUGAAGGAAAUUUUGCUGGAUUUAUUUCACGUAAUAGAUUUGCAACAUUUAUUAAAUCUUCUAAAACUUUACAUGUUAAAGAUUUAUCAAAUAAUAUUACAAAAACUGUUCAAUUAGAUAAUUCUGUUAAUGAUGUAUUAUAUGGAGGACCUGGAAGAGUUUUAUUAAUUAAAAGUCAUUCAGUAAUUAAUUAUGAUGUACAACAAAGAAAAGAAUUAUCAGAAAUUUCAGUUAAUAAUGUUAAAUAUGUUGCUUGGUCAAAUGAUGGACAAAAUUUAGCAUUAUUAUCAAAACAUACUAUAACUCUUGCAACAAAAGAUUUGGAUUUAAUUACUUCAAUGCAUGAAACUAUUCGAAUUAAAAGUGCUGCUUUUGAUGAUUCAGGAGUUUUAUUAUAUUCUACUUUAAAUCAUAUUAAAUAUACUUUAUUAAAUGGUGAUAAUGGAAUUAUUAAAACUUUAGAAAAUACUUUAUAUAUUACUAAAGUAUCUCAAAAGCAAGUUUAUUGUUUAAAUAGAAGUGGUAAUGUUGAAGUUAUUACAAUUGAUCCAACAGAAUACAGAUUUAAGAAAUCUUUAGUUAAUAAGAAUUUUAAUGAAGUAUUAAGAAUUAUAAAAAAUUCCAAUUUAGUUGGACAAAAUAUUAUUGCUUAUUUACAAAAGAAAGGUUAUCCAGAAGUUGCACUACAAUUUGUUGAAGAUCCUGAAACAAGAUUUGAAUUAGCCUUAGAAUGUAGUAAUUUACAAGUAGCUUUAGAACAAGCUAAAAUAUUAAAUAAUAAUAUUAUUUGGGAAAAAUUAGGUGAAGAAGCUUUAAAUCAAGGUAAUUUGGAAAUUGUUGAAUUAGUUUAUCAACAAUUACAUUUAUUUGAAAAAUUAUCUUUCCUUUAUUUAUAUAAAGGUGAUAAAGAAAGAUUAGGUAAAAUGAGUACUGUUGCUGAACAUCGUGGAGAUAUUUCUUCAUUAAUUCAAAAUACUUUAUAUAGUAAUGAUGUUCAAAAGAGGAUUCAAGUAUUUAUACAAUCAGGUGCUUAUCAACUUGCUUAUGUAUUGGCUAAAUCUAAUGGAUUAAAUGAAUUAGCUGAUCAAAUUUUACAAGAAGCUGAUAUUGAAGAAAGUUCAAUUCAAUUACCAGAAAUUGGUAAUCCAGUGACUUUACCAACCGUCAAAUCAAAUCCAAUUGAAUCUUGGCCAUUAAAGGAAUCUUCAUUAACUUUCUUUGAAUCAGCUUUACUUACUGGACAUGUUGAAGCCAAUAUUCCAAUUGAAGAAGAAGAAAAUCCCGCCUUUGUUGAUGCAGAAGCUAAUGUUGAAUUUGAUGAUGAAGAUUUAUUAGAAGAUGUAGAUGGAGGAGCUUGGGAUUUGGAUGAAUUAGAUAUUGGAGAUGAUGAAAUACCAGUUGAAGAAAAUCUUCCAGUAGUUAGUGCAGCAGAAGGAGAGAUCGGAUUCUGGUUAAAGAAUGCUAAGACUGCUGCCGGAUUUAUUGCUGCUGGUUCAUUUGAACAAGGUGCUACUUUAUUAAAUAAACAAUUAGGUAUCAAUGAAUUUGAACCAUUAAGAAAGAGAUUCCAAGAAGUUUAUUUAGCAUCUAAAUUAUAUUUACCAGGAUUUGAUGAUUUACCUCCAAUGAGAGAUUAUAUUAGAUCUGAUAAUGAUGAAGAUCAUCCUAAUAGAUUUAAACCUUUAAUUCCUGGUUUUGAAGGAUUAGAAGGUGAAUUACAAAAGGGAUUUAAACAUUUCAAAGAAAACAAUUUGGUUCAAGCCAUUGAAGUAUUCAGAAAUAUAAUCUAUACUAUUGCUGUUAUAACAGUAGAUAAUGAAGAAGAAGAAACUAAAUGUAAAGAAAUAUUGACAUUAUGUCGUGAAUACAUUCUUGGAUUAUCUAUAGAACUUGAACGUCGUACAUUAUCACCUAAUGAUGUUAAACGUAAUUUGGAAUUAGCAGCAUAUUUUACAAGAGUUGAACUUCAAGGACCUCAUAAACUUAAUGCCUUAGAAGUUGCUGCCAAACAAUCAUUUAAAAAUAAAAAUUAUGCUAGUUCAGCCUAUUUUGCUGGAGAAUUCUUAAAGAUUUCUUCAACUGGAGCUAGAGCUGAACAAAUUCAAAAAAUUAAAACUCGAUCAAAUACUAUUGCUAGUGAUGCUAUUGAUAUUGAUUUUGAUCCAUAUGCAGAAUUUGAUAUUUGUGCUGCUAGUUAUACUCCAAUAUAUAAAGGAGAUGAAUAUGUUACUGAAGCAUUAGUCAAUGCUAAAUAUAAACCUCAAGAAAAGGGGACUAUUUGUAGAAUUACUGAAAUUACUUCAAUUGGUGCUCAAGCUUCAGGAUUAAGGAUCAGAGGUUAAAAACUUACAUAUAUACAUUUCUAUUCCAAUUCUUUUUAUCUAUCUCUCACAUAUAUUGUUUAAUACAUAAUUAUUUUAUAAGUUAUUAG